AGCAACUAAUGCUGUUGCUCAUCAUAGGACAAAUUCUGAUUGAACGACAAUCCUGUGUGCAAUCGGACAAGCAUCUGUGCGAGGUCUGCCAAUUAUUACUUGUUGACAAGUUUACCUAAGGAUUCAUCUCAAAACAUGGUCAAUACCUGCAUACAAGUCGCGUGGAGGCUGGAACUGAAGAAGAUGAUUGAUGUUUAUGUGUACUGAAGCUUACAAGACGCUGGAACACUUCCCAUCACUUGGACACAUUUCAAUAGGCCGACCAAUUCGCAUCUAAAGCUCUUGACUAUCCAACAUGGCUGAGCAUAGCGUGUUUGACGUGCACGUUCCUAUAGAGCAUACUGCCACCGAUAAAGAGAGUAUUUUGGAGAGUACAACCGACAUGGCAGCCGGCUUUGAUGGCGAGGAUCCAAACAAAUCCGUCUCGAGGGAGACCACUUCUAGCUCCUUAGGUGGAGAGGCUCCACCUACUCAUGCCAAAAGCUCCCAAAUGCUGAGUUCUUUUGAGUUCUUCUAAUCUCCUACUGAAAAUUUCCUUGCAGUAGUCCUGCACUGGCCACUAUUCAAUUUAGGCCAAAAGGAAGAGCCGGUUACACGACGGGUACGAAGCAAGGCUCUUCAACGAAGCCACCGCCGCC